AUGACUCAAUCCUCCUGUCUCUGCGGCGCUAACCGCAUCUCCUACGGCGAAACCCCAAUCCUCAACUUCCGCUGUCAUUGUCUUGACGAGCGAAAGCUCACUGGAGCGGCUUUUGCCCUCAAUAUUCUGUGGUCUACCGAUGAGCUCAAAGUUCUCUCUGGUGAACUCAAAACUUGGUCCAAGGUCGCCAACAGUGGCAACACAAUUACCAACCAGUUCGUACCCUUUGCCUCACCAGCAUUCAAAGCCCUGGAUUUUCUUUCCGUUGCUUGUGCAGAGUGCGGAAGUCUUCUGUACCGGACCAGCGACGGAUAUCCUGGCGUAAUGGUGAUCAAAGCUGGCUGUAUUGAUGGAAAAGAUGCUUCUUUGGAGUUCGUUCCUCAAGUCGAGCUCUUUACGAGAAGCAGAGUACCCUGGGUCCCGGCUAUUGAAGGUGCCAAGCAGGAAAUAGCAGACUUCACGAGUUAG